AUGUCGUCAAACAUGAUCGACCGCCUUCGUAGCAAGAAGAGCGCCAGAAGUCUCAACGACAAGGACAAGGUCUUGAGGAAGCUCAGCCCUGUUGAACACCUCCAAGCUGCUCAUUAUUCGUUAGGAGCAAUUAUCGGCUGUGCGAUAUCAUGUCGUUAUCGAAUCCCCGGAGCACUACUCGCCACGGACGCUGCAUCAUUCCAGGUUGUUGUUGAGAAUGCCUUCGCCCGCGCUAUUCUAAUGCAUCCGCUGUUCACGGUUGGACGAAUCAACGCGGACUCUAAGAAGCAAUACUGGGUACGACUCGAUCAGAUUGACUUGAGUAAGCAUAUAGAAUGGCGGACCGUCUCUGAUCAAGAUUCGUACGAAUCAGUCCUUCAUGCUACCUUGGAAUGGCAAGUCAAUGAGCCUUAUACGAAUCUUGAAACCCAGCCUGGUUGGAGGGCGACUGUACUGAAACCAGCCGAAUCUAACUUUAUCGAUGUUAUCUUUGCCUGGGAGCAUACCGCGGCAGAUGGGAAAAGCGGUAAACUCUUCCAGGCCAGUCUUUUCACUUGUUUCAACACACAAGAUGAUGGCACCGUGAUUCUCAAAGACCGCAUCUUCGAGGUCCCAAAUACAGAAAUCACGCCUCCAUUGCAUCACCUGAUCAAGUUACCCGUUUCCCUGCAUUUCAUCGUCGGCGAGUUCGGACGGGAUAUUAUCGCUUCGAUAAAAGCAAAAGAACUACCUCACAUGGCGACAUGGGCGCCAAUACCAACAGAACCGUCGACGACGAGAAUGGUGGCGACGAAAGUUGCGAAGAGUGCACUAAAGCCUGUCCUUAACGCGUGUCGUCAGCACGAGACGACCUUGACGGGGCUUAUGCACGCACUCAUUGCGGUAUCGAUGGCGACGAGACUGGCGGAGAUCAAGGCUUCUGCGUUCUUAUGCGGUACACCUGUAUGUCUGAGACAGUUUCAGAAGCCAGGACAUCAGAGCAUCGACAUGAACAAGACGGCCAUUAACAGCGUGGCAUACUGGCCGUUUACUUUUGACAAAGAACUCGUGGCCAAGGUUCGGGAACAGAUGAAUGAGGCUCAAAUAAAGCCGAACAUGAGCACAAAUCUGGAAGAAACGGUCUGGUCCUCUGCUAAAGCGAUACGGGAUGGUCUAUCUGCCAAGCUGGACUUGGGCACGAAGAAUGACCAUAUUGGGCUGGCCAAGUUUGUCAAGGACUGGCAAUCUUUCGUCAAGGACCAUGGCAAAACGCGAUCGUAUUCAUGGGAGAUAAGCAAUCUUGGCGUCAUACAGGGAAAGGCGGACGGUGAGGGUGAUAAGUGGGCUAUUGAGAGUGCGACAUUCACACAGACUGCGCCCACAUUUGGUUCGGCGUUGACAUUCAGUGUCAUCUCUGCUCAGGGCGGGGACUUGGUAAUAACGAAUACGUGGCAGGUUGGGGUUGUUGAGGAGGAAUUAGCUCUUGGUGUGAGCUCUGAUUUGGAGGGUUGGUUGAAUGAGUUGGGGAGCACCGGGAGUAUCAAUUUUGCAAAAGGUCAGAUGCCGAGCUGA